AUGAGGAUGGAUGAAACUGGUGAGUUGAGGAAGUUGCAGCUGCAAGAGCUUGAAGAAAUUCGUAAUGAUGCAUACGAAUGCUCUAGAAUUUACAAGGAAAAAACAAAUGCAUUUCAUGAUCAAAAGAUUUCAAGGAAAAUUUUUUCUAUUGGUCAAAAAGUUUUACUUUAUCAUUCUAGAUUGAAACUAUUUCCUGGUAAAUUGCGCUCUAGAUGGAUAGGACCUUUUGUUGUCACUAAUGUUUUUCCUCACGGUGCAGUUGAAAUACACAGUUUAGAAACUGGAAAAACUUUUAAAGUGAAUGGUCAUCGUUUAAAGCCAUUUUAUGAAGGUUUUCAGGCAUACAAUGUUGAGGAGAUUGGCUUGCAGUGCCCCGUUUAUGAAGAUUGA